ACAUGAUGCACACCCGCUGGCAGUCACCUGAUACUCCCUACUGUCAGAGCAAAAAUGUCUGCGCACUUAUCCUAUGGAAGAGUAAAUUUAAACAUUUUGAGGGAAGCAGCGCGGAAGGAGCUCCGUGAGUUUUUGGACAAAUGUGCAGGAAGCAAGGCUAUUGUGUGGGAUGAAUACCUGACUGGACCCUUUGGAUUGAUAGCACAAUAUUCAUUGUUGAAGGAACAUGAGGUGGAGAAGAUGUUCACCCUCAAAGGGGGGCGUCUUCCUGCUGCUGAUGUGAAAAAUAUAAUCUUCUUCGUUCGUCCCAGACUGGAACUGAUGGAUAUUAUAGCUGAGAAUGUCAUCAGUGAGGAUAAGAUGCAUUCCCCACGUGACUUCCACAUCCUGUUUGUGCCCCGGCGGAGCAUGCUCUGUGAGCAGCGGCUGAAGGAGCAGGGGGUCCUGGGCUCGUUCAUCAACAUAGACGAGUACAUCCUAGACCUCAUCCCUUAUGAUGGAGACUUGCUCUCCAUGGAGUCUGAAGGGGCCUUCAGGGAAUGUUAUCUAGAAAGUGACCAGACAAGUCUUUACCACACCGCCAAGGGCCUUAUGACUCUCCAGGCUCUGUAUGGGACCAUCCCCCAGAUAUUUGGGAAAGGGGAGUGUGCACGGCAUGUAGCUAAUAUGAUGCUUAGGAUGAAGAGGGAGUUUGCUGGCAGUCAGACUCAGAUCCUGCCUGUGUUUGACUCACUGCUGCUGCUGGACCGCAACAUAGACCUGCUUACCCCUCUGGCCACACAGCUCACCUAUGAGGGCCUCAUUGACGAAGUUUAUGGAAUCACCAACGGUUAUGCGAAGUUGCCUCCGGAGAAGUUUGCUGCCCAAAAGAAGCAGGGUGAGGUGGGUAAAGACCUGCCCACGGAGCCCAAGAAGAUGCAACUCAACUCAGCGGAGGAGCUGUAUGCUGAGAUACGUGACAAAAACUUCAACGCCAUAGGGGCUGCACUGAGCAAGAAGGCCAAGAUCAUCUCUGCUGCCUUUGAGGAGCGACAUAAUGCCAAAACAGUUGGCGAGAUAAAGCAGUUUGUGUCCCAGCUGCCCCACAUGCAGGCAGCACGGAGCUCGCUGGCCAAUCACACCUCCAUAGCUGAACUCAUUAAGGACAUCACCACCUCAGAGGCCUUCUUUGAUAACCUGACAGUGGAGCAGGAGUUUAUGACUGGAGUUGACACAGACAAGGUUAACACAUAUAUUGAGGACUGUAUUGCCCAGAAGGAUCCUCUGAUCAAAAUCUUGCGGCUGGUCUGUAUGCAGUCAGUCUGCAACAAUGGCCUCAAGCAGAAGAUAUUGGACUACUACAAGAGAGAGAUCCUGCAGACCUAUGGAUAUGAACACAUGCUUACCCUCAACAACCUGGAGAAGACAGGUCUUCUGAAGCCCCAGACAAGCACCAGGAAUAACUACCCCACCAUCAGGAAGACACUCAAACUUUGGAUGGAGGAUGCCAACGAACAGAACCCCAAUGACAUCUCCUAUGUGUACAGUGGUUAUGCUCCUCUCAGCAUCCGUCUGACCCAGGUGUUGGCCAGGCCCGGCUGGCGCAGCAUCGAGGAAGUUCUGAAGAUGCUCCCUGGUCCACACUUUGAGGAGAGACAACAGCUGCCUGCUGGUCUCCAUAAGAAACGCCAGCAGGGGGAGAACAGGACCACCCUGGUGUUCUUUCUGGGAGGGGUGACUUACGCAGAAGUUGCUGCCCUGCGCUUCCUGUCUCAGAUGGAGGAUGGUGGCACAGAGUACAUCAUUGCCACUACCAAGCUCAUCAAUGGUACCAGCUGGAUCAAGUCUCUGAUGGACCGCCCGGAGGCCCCCUGAGCCCGCUGCCCGCCCCCUCGGGGAACAGAUGCACAGCUAGACACAUCAAACAGUCAGAACAAAAGACCUUGCCGCUUCUUUUUAAUGUCCAUAUUCCAGCGCCCUGCAGGUGUGUCUGAUUGAUCUCAGCAACUGUCAGUGUGAGGUGACCAGGAGUCAGCUCCUCGAUUCUCCCUGUCCUUUGCCUGCAACUCUAACAGCUUGCUAAAUGCACAUCUCCAUUGCCACCUGCUUUGGUCAUUGUAUGUAGCUGAGAAGAUAUCAUCUUACUUGUGGCAUGAUGGAAGGUUUUAAGAUCAUUGUAAAAAAAUAUAUAUAUAUACUGUAUUAACACAAAGGCUGAAAGUAUUAUUGUAUUAUUUUUGUGAUUUCAACCUAUAUUUUGUGUUGUACAGUAUAGGGGUUUUCUCUCUGCUUGCCAUUAUUUGUGGGAAAAGUAGUCCUGUAAAUAAAAUGUGUAAUUGACUGCU